AUGGCCUCAUUCUAUUCCACUGAGCUUUAUGUGACUGCUGACCCAAGAACACUCGCCGAAGAACAACUCCUCCCUGAAGCUCUUCGUCGCAUGUCCCUCUUAACGAGAGUACUCUGUUUUUUGGCCCUUGGACGCCCAGAUCUCGAAGAUCAUUGGAAGUCGCUGCAAUCAGAGCAAGCGUUCGAAACCGUUAGGAGCCGCUUAUGCUCUAUCCUAGACAGCACUAUCACCACAGCAGGCGUCCUCAUCGCUGUAAGUGGUGUUUUCGUCACUACCGGCUCUCCUGUUCGAUACUUUGACUAUACAUCACCCGCUCCUCAUUGUCUGUUCUUCAUAUCGCUCAUGCUCGCUAUGAUCGCGAUGUUGACAUCUGGCUCGAGCAUGAUACGUUGGCUACACUCCGAUCGGCACUGGACUCAAGAACAACUUAAGCCAGGCGGCUACUUCGUCUUAUCGUACCUGUUGUCAAUAGUCACCCCCAUGUUUUUCGUCGCCUGGUCUCUACAUUGUUUCAUAUUUGCUAUGGUGAUAGCAGGCUUUUGCUCCCAGAGCACGAUCUGUCGCGUAGUCACUGCAAUCUUGCUUGUUUUAUACGUCGUCAAUAUUGGAACGAUGUUGAUACAAUCCAUGUGGAAGUAUGCGACAGCAUCUUCUUCGCCAGACUAG